AUGUCGCCUGCUCCAGAGGCUCCAGAGGUAAUCUGGCAGACUUGGGCCAUGGCAUUUUCGGCCUAUGAGUCCUGGCUGGCAUGCAAUUAUCCUAUCCGUGUCACAUCGCUCUCCUUCGAGGUCAAUUCAGUAUACAACUGGUUAAUGCUGAAUGCGAGUCCUGACUUCAACUGGGUCAAAGGAAUCGUCCCUCCUACGUUCGUCGGGUAUGCUCCGUUUCGUGAUGCGGUCAGCCCGCUUCACACUCCCGCUGAGCUGUCAGACAUCAUGUAA